AUGUGUAUCCAAGUCGUAGAACUUUACGCAGUCUGUCGAUGUCUCUACCACAGACACUCCCUGGACCCAUGUGCGGCCUAUGGCUCUCGUAGUCACGGUAUCACGGAAAGAGUAGUCCUUGUUGGAUACAAAUGUCCGACGCAUUCCACCGCA